CACAUUUGAGUGUAUGAGUUUGAAAUCUCUAAAAUUUAAGUGGUAGCUGUGAGUGUACAGUGAGUGAAAGGAACCUGAGAGGUGUCUUGGGUCAAGUGAAAGGAACCUGAGAGGUGUGAGGUGUCCUGGGUAAAGGGAGAAAAGGGUCCUAGGAAGUGUCUUAGGUCUGGUAGGAGGUGUCCUAUCAUAUAGGCAAGUGUCCGUGGUGGAACUUGCGAAGCAAAGGUCUGUGUAAUAGGUUGUACUAGGAGAGUUGCCUAUUAUAGUGGAAUUUGUUUAUAAGUCCCAAUAGGGUCGAUGUUUUACUUCCAGCUAGGCACUAGAUGGUUUCCUCGUAAAACUUGUUGUGUUCUUUAAGUUCCUUUUAUGUUUUGUUUUUAAUUUCCGCAUAAGUUUCACGAUUGGAACCUACUACCAUUCACCACCCCCCUCUCGUAGUAGUUCAUCUAAACUAACAUAUUGACUGUUAAAAUUAUGUCUCGACACACGUGAAAACUCAAGUGAUACAUACAAAAUAAAAAAUAAAAAAAUUUAAACAUUAAAGAAAUAGGAAAAGGAAGUAUAUCAUACGGAAAGAGACCUAGAUAACAAAUUGCUCAAACGAAGUAGCAAACAAAGCUACGGAUCAAAAAAUAACUAAAUUUGACAUCCCUAUAUUAAUCACCAAAUAAUGUCGACAUUUUCAAGAUACUCUUUUAUCCAUAGUACCUUUUUUAUCUUCCUUUUUUCCAUCUAACAUAAUUUCUUUUAUUUUAACUUCCUUUCUUAGUUCUCUCAUGAACCAUCCAAUAUUGUUGUAGGAAUGUGAAUGUCAUUCCUUUUCUUCCGUAACCCUACCAUUCAAACUUCUAUAAAAACUAACCUUCUUUCAUAAUAUAUAUCUCAAAUCAUAAGUUCAAAAAAAAAAAAAAAAAAAGGGAAAAAACAUGGCAAAAACAAUUUUUUACUAUGUGCUUACUAUUAUGCUACUCCUGCCCACAAUUGUAGUAGCUGAGUGUAGUUGUGAAGCUAAUGACUUACCCCGUGACGGCAAGUCCGUAACCCUCAAGUUUAAAUUAGGUGCCAUAGGAGCAAUCCUUGGAGCCGGAGCAUUCGGAGUAGGGAUUCCUCUACUAGGCAAACGGAUAUCCGUUUUACGGCCCGAAAACGAUAUAUUCUUCAUGAUCAAGGCCUUUGCCGCAGGAGUAAUCCUCGCUACCGGGUUCAUCCACAUACUCCCGGAAGCUUUUGAGGGGUUGACGUCUCCUUGUAUAGGGGAAACUCCUUGGCAGAAGUUCCCCUUUGCCGCGUUCAUCGCGAUGGUGGCUUCGAUUGGGAGCCUAAUGGUGGAUUCAUUGGCAACAGGGCAUUAUAGAAGGGUUCACUUUGGUGGGAAAGAUGGUAAUAAGGAAGUUUCUAUUAAUAGUAAAGUGGUCGAUGAAGAGAGUAAUGAUGCACAUGCUGGUCACGUGCAUGUUCAUACUCAUGCUACUCAUGGUCAUUCUCAUGGUCAUGUUGGUGAAGGUAGUGAUGAAUUAGGGGAACAAUUGAGUAAGCUUGAACUUAUUAGGCAUCGUGUUACUGCUCAGGUAUUAGAGCUGGGAAUUGUGGUCCAUUCAGUAAUAAUAGGCAUAUCAUUGGGAACAUCUCAAAGGCUUGAUACCAUUAAACCUUUAAUGGUUGCAUUAAGUUUCCAUCAAUUUUUCGAAGGCAUGGGACUUGGUGGCUGCAUCAAUCAGGCGAAGUUCAAGUCACGAGCUAUGGCAACAAUGGCAAUGUUUUUCUCACUUACAACACCAAUUGGUAUUGGCAUUGGCAUUGCAAUCGCCGGUGUAUAUGACCAAAGUAGCCCUCGAUCACUAAUUAUACAGGGGAUAUUCGAGGCGGCUGCAGCAGGUAUACUAAUAUAUAUGGCACUUGUUGAUCUACUAGCUGCAGACUUCAUGAAUCCAAGGAUGCAGGCAAAUACUAGGAUUCAAUUAGGCUCACAUAUUUCAUUACUUUUAGGGGCUGGUUGUAUGUCUGUUUUGGCUAGAUGGGCAUGAUAUAGUAACAUUUUUAUUUUAUUUUUAAAAUUUUGUUAGUAAGAAAUUUACUUCCUUUGUUCUUUUUCAAUUGACAUAUUUCAUUUAUCACGUUUAUCAAUGUAAAAUUUUAAUUUCUAAUAAGUAAAAAUAAUAGAAAUUACAUAU